AUGACCAGUUUGAUGCUAGCUCACUUAGGGAAUCUCACAAGUGUCAUCAGAAAUGUUCAACAAAAGGACAACAUUCUACGACUAGGCGAGAUCCGGCCUAGGAAUAUCAAUGUGCUAAACCUAAGCCGAUAUAUUAGAGCUUUUCGAAACUGUCAAAUCAACUUGUGUCUACAGCAGGUAUGGCACUCUGCAUUUUCUAAAACAGUAGACACCUCAUUAGUUCCAAUUAAUCAAAACAUCUACAAGAGCCCCACCGGUCGUUAA